GCCGGGGAGAGGAGAGAGAGAGAGAGACUGCGUCCAGUGUCUACUCUCGUGAGAAGCGGUAGGAGUGCGCGAGACAGAGAUGGCGGCGUCGGCGGCUGCGGCGGAGGGGUCGGUGAUCGCGAUCCACAGCCUGGACGAGUGGAGCAUCCAGAUCGAGGAGGCCAACAGCGCCAAGAAGCUGGUGGUGAUUGACUUUACCGCGUCGUGGUGCGGACCAUGCCGCAUCAUGGCUCCAAUCUUUGCUGAUAUGGCCAAGAAGUACCCAAAUGUUGUUUUCCUGAAGGUUGAUGUUGAUGAAAUUAAGACUAUUGCUGAGCAAUUCAGUGUUGAGGCCAUGCCGACCUUCCUUUUCAUGAAGGAGGGCGACGUUAAGGAUAGGGUUGUUGGCGCAAUGAAGGAAGAGCUGCCAAAGAGGCUUCAGCUACUGAUGGCCCAGUAGACCUGUGAUGUUAUAAUGAAGUAGUAUUUGCCUAAAUAAGGGGACCCUUCAACUCUGAGAGCACCAGUGCCACUAUGAUGGUACUUGAUGUGUGGCGUUAACUUCCGUCUUCUGCUACGUAGUUCCUCGAUACUGAUGGGUAAUGGCAUAACGCCUUGCUUGAUCUAAGCUUGUGUUUUGCAUGUUAUGGUUUUUCUUUCAGCUGAGAUGCUAGAAUGGUGAAUCAAUGAUCUUGGAAGUUGUUUUACUA